AUGGAUGCGAUAAGAGAAAGGAUAGACUCAACAGUAGCCAAUUUGGAAGAGAAGAAAGCCGUUUUGUUGAAACAUAAAUCUCAAUAUAAUGAUUUGAAAUUUAGAUUGAUGGAUUUUGGACAAUAUAAAGAAACAGAUCAACCAAAAGUGGAUGUUAGAAUGAAUUCCAAGGCAAUUGUGAAAGGCCAUAUCAUCAAUCCUCAAAAAGUGCUUGUUUUUCUUGGUUGUGAAUACUUUGUUGAAAGAGAUCCAACUAAAUCUAUCGAACUAGUUGAACAUAAGUUGAAAUUUUUGAAUAAGGCUAUUAGUGAAUUUGAUAGUAAGAUCAAAGAAGCCAAAAAGACGAUAGAGAAUAUUGGUCAUCUAGAAGAAUAUGAAAAGAAUCAGACUGAGAAGAAGGAAGAAAUACCCAAACCUCAAUCAUCAAAUUUGUCAUCAGAAGAUCUACCUUUCAUGGAUAUCAGGGAAGAGUUAGAUGAAGAUGGUAAUGUUAUCAAUAGCACAGUUCAGAAACAAGAUGAAAAUAGAAUAAAAGAAUUUGGAGAGAAACAUGGAAUCAAAAUGGAAGAUGAUUCUGAUGAUCAAAUAAAUGAAAUGUUGAAAGAUAUGGAAAUUACACCUAGAUCAAAGAUUGAAGAGUUACCUGAAGAAGUUAUAACGGAAGAGUCUUCAAAAAGUAAAGAGAUAGAAACUGAGGAUAUCAAAGAACCAAUAGUAUCAAAAGUCGAAGAAUCAAAAACUGACACACCGUCAAAAGAGCAAGAUGAUUAUUUUGAUCUACUGAAACAAUUGGGAAUUUCAACUGCAGGUGAUCCCAACAAGCAACAAGAGUCUAGAAAGCCAAAUGAGGAACCGAAGGAUGUCAAUGAAAAUGAUUCAACAUCACAAAACGAAGAAAGCAAAGAUAUACCCUCUGAAAACGACUGGGAGAGUUUCAAAACCGAAGGUCCAGCUAUUGCUGAAGAUGACAUUUUACAAUUGCAACUAAUAGCUGAUGAAAUCGAGGAAGAAGGCGAUUAUGACUACGAUGAUGACGAAUUUGAUCAUGAUUUUGAACAAGAUCAAGAUGAUGAUGAAGAGGAAGAGGAUUGGGAUUUCAGCUCAAAUCCAGAAAAUUUAGUCCCAGAAUCGCAUAGAAAUUUAUUCAUGAAGGAACUGAACCGUGUUAGAGCAGAAAAAACUAAAAGUGAACUUCCCGUGGACACAAAAGAUGAACCAAUUAAAGAGCCUUCAAAACCUAAAAAGAAGAAAUCAGUUUCAUUUGCACUAGAAUUACAAAUCAAAGAGAUUGAAAAUGUUUCAGAAGAGCUAAAAACAGCUCCAGAUAUCAGCAGAGUCUCCAAAUUCAAGCAAAUGAGAAUAUCUAAUACCCAACCCCAAAUACAAGAUGACGAUGAAGUACAGGAAGGUGAAGUCAUUGAAGCUGCUGUUUCUGAUUUGAUAGUGGAGAAAAAUUUACCAGAACCAGUCAUACAAAGAUCUAUUUCAGAGACUGUUAUUUCAGAUAUAAGGGAAAAGGAUGAAGAGGAAAUACCGGAACCUCCUAAACCAAAAGUUUCAAGAUUCAAACAAAGAUCUGCCAACCCAAUGGAACAACCUCAAAUGAAUAUGUCUAUCAAUGAAUCAAUUACUGAAAAUAUAAUAGGGAAUGGAACAACAAUGAAUGAUAUUGUUGAAAGAGAACCAGAUCAAGCGAUUGUUGAAGCGGUUUCAAGAGCACAGACACAAGAACCAGAACCACCAAAACCAAAAGUUUCUCGUUUCAAAUCUUCAAAAGAACAAUCAAAGGGAAAUGUGAUAUCAAUUCCAGAAUCUGAACCCCAAUACAUCCCCGAAGAAAAUGAAUACAAUAACAUUAAAGCAUAUAUUGCAAAUGAUAGUGAUGAUGAAGAUGAAUUGAACGCAUUAACAGAUCUAGAAGUUUAUACAGCUUCUGAUUUUGAUGAAGAUGGUCAAUUUAUUGAAGAAGCCGAUGACGAUGAAGAUGAUGAAGAUGAUAGAAACGUUUUAACAGAUGAAAUCGUGGAACAUGAUGAAGUUGAUGAUCCAAGUUACUAUGUUGACGAAAAUCUGUUACAAAGAGAGUAUCAAGAUUUGAGAAGAAAAAUGAUUGAGAAAUAUGUAAAGUCUGAAAACGCUAAUAAUGGGGAUAAGAUCAUCACAAAGGAGGAAAAGGAAAGUGAAUUAGAACCAAUUGAUGAGAGUGGGAAUCCAGUCAAGGUGAGUAGAUUUAGACAGUCAAUGAGCAAAUAA